AUGGGAAACUUUGCUUGCAUAGAAAGAACUAAGAUGGAAGACAAUCAAUAGGUCAUGAAUACUGAAGAGGACAUUGAAAGGAAGUUCGAGUAAGAAAAAAGGGAGAUCAAUCUAGUUCCUAAAAAGCGAGACUUUUUUAACUACUAUAAAUUUAUCCACUCAAAGAAAAAAAAUGAUAAGCAUAAUCUUGAUAUGCAGUAUUUUAACAUCAAAAGAGCAAAAACUGUAAAUACUAAGAGACAAAAGACGUUUCUCAUUAAGGAAUGUAGGAAGUUUCAUUUGAAUAAAGUUAUAAGACAACUCACAAUGAAUGAAGUGGUAUUUGUUCAAUAGAUAAGUCAUAUUAAUAUUCACUCACCAAUAGAGAUGUUUGAGGAGAUGGACAAAUUGUAUAUGGUAUACGAAGAACUUCAUGGAGGCUCACUUUUAGAACUACUCAAUUAGUAUAUUGAAGCCGAUACUAGAUUAAGGAAUGAGGAAAUCGGUACAAUAGUAUUCCAGCUUGCAGCAACAGUGCAUUUCAUUCAUCAGAAAAAUUACGUUCACAGAGAUUUGAAGCCAGAAAAUAUAUGUUUUGAGAAGGAAAAUGAUUUUAGAUCAUUGAAAUUGACAAGCUUUUUAACAGUUAAAAAAAGAGUUGAGAAUGAAGUUAUAACAGGAAUAAAUGGAUCAUAUCUUUACAUGGCACCUGAAAUGCUUACAGGAGAAAACUACUCUGAAAAAGUAGAUAUAUGGUCUCUAGGAGUUAUCAUGUAUAUGCUAUGCACUUUAAAGCAUCCUAUUGGAUACUUUGAUAAUGAAAUUUCUCGCUAGAAUCUCAAAGAAAAGCUUAUAGAAAAGUUCAAGUUUGUUCCCCGAGAUGAGUUAAUUGAUUUCAAUUGUGAUGAAUUCAAGAAUUUCUCGAAUAUAGUGCCAGAGGUUAUUAAAAAAAUGCUGGAGGUAAAUCCUAAAAAGAGAAUAUCAGCUAGAGACGUUAUGAAUAAUAAAUGGGUAAAUGAAAACUUCAAAAACUAUAAAAGAAAAUUGCUUCAAGAGAUGCGAAAAACCAACAAAAAUGUGUAGUAUAAUGCAGCUUUCUUAGCGUUUAAAGCGAAAAAAAUUAAAAAAGCUUUAUUCUCUUACUUUGCAAAUAUUUUAGCCACUGCCGAGGAUAAGGAGAUGUUUAGUGAAAUGUUUAGAUCAAUGGAUAUUGAUGGUGAUGGAGUACUGACAAGUGAAGAGUUCCAAGAGGCUAUGACUAAGUUCAACUAGAUUAGAGAUGGGGAAAACGCUAAGAACAUUACUAAGCAAGUCAUUAAGAAAGGCUAGACAAUGGAAUUGCAUGAGUUUAUUAAUUCUGCUAUUGUGCUAAAACUAUUGAACUUUGACGAUUAGGAUAAAGUUUUGAAGUAGAUGUUUGAUGCUCUUGACAAUGAGUAGCAAGGUGAAAUUGAUAUAGAUGAUUUGGUUGAGAUAUUUAAGGAUCAAGGAUUGCCAGAUGUCUAUAUCUAAAUGAUUGUUGACUAUUGUGAUUAGGACAAGAAUAACAAGAUUAAUUAUCUGGAAUUUAAAGAGUUUAUUCUUAAGGAAGAUCAAGUUAACGUGUGA